AUGUCGCAGAAACUGCAAGAUCCAAAGGAAUACCAAAACAUUUUCCACUGGGCGGAAACCCAAAAGAAUGGCACAAUCCCAUCGUUUGCAGUGAGAAAGAAUGAUCCUUAUCAAUAUCAACCAGGGUUCAAUAAUCAUUUCGAAUCGCAAGCUAUACCUGGGGUAAUUCCACAAGGACAAAACAGUCCGAGGGGCGUCCGGUAUGGCCUGUAUACCGAGCAGAUGACAGCAUCAGCCUUUGUGGCGCCUCGUCAUCGAAACAAAAAAGCGUGGUUGUACCGAGCUCGUCCGGCUGUGGCACAUCAAGGAUUCACAGACUUGCCUGACAACAAGAAUACGGAGUCUAAUUUCUUGCCCAUGAACUCGAGGGUACAUGUCUCUCCGACACAGCUUGCAUGGCUGCCCUUCGAUAUCCCUACCGAAAAGGUAGAUUUUGUCGAUGGUCUAGCAACGAUCGCUGGCUCGGGUGAGCCUACCUUGAGAGAAGGAAUCGCAACGCAUGUCUAUCUAGCCAACGAGAGCAUGCACAAGAAGGCAUUCGUUAACUCCGAUGGUGAUUUCUUGAUCGUUCCUCAACAAGGUGCUCUGGGCAUUCAAACAGAAUUUGGACCUUUGUACGUGCAACCCGGCGAGAUCUGCGUCAUUCAACGAGGCCAGCGCUUCCGUAUCAGCGUUGAGGGGCCUUCAAGAGGUUACAUCCUGGAGAUAUGGGGCGCUAAUUUCGAGCUUCCCGAGCUCGGUCCGCUCGGCGCAAAUGGACUGGCUAAUCCACGAGACUUUCUGCAUCCUUGCGCCAAGUAUGAGAUCACCCACGAUGACCCGUGGUCAAUCGUAUACAAAUUGGGAGGCAAGUUUUUCAGAAGCACACAAAACCACUCGCCUUUUGACGUGGUCGCAUGGCAUGGAAAUUACGUGCCGUACAAGUACGACUUGACUAAAUUUGUGAAUGUCGGCUCGAUAUCAGUGGAUCACAUUGAUCCCUCCAUAUUUUGUGUACUGACUGCACGUUCACGGGAUCCAGAUGCCCCCUUGGCAGACUUCCUUAUCUUCUCUCCCCGGUGGGAUGUGGCGUCGCAUACCUAUCGACCACCUUAUUAUCAUCGUAAUGUGGCCUCGGAAUUGAUGGGUCUUGUUUAUGGAGAGUAUGGUGGUAGAUCAGAUGAAUUUCAGCCCGGCAGUGUCUCCUUCGAAUGUGGAAUGGUUCCGCACGGCGUCGCUUACGAAGAAUUCAAAGCAGCAAGCGAGAACGAAGUCCCACAGAUGCAAAUAUCGAAGGGCUCUAUCGCGUUCAUGUUUGAAAGUAGCCGACCAUUCACCAUUACAGAUUGGGCCUGGAACAGCAACAAGAAACAUGAGCAUGAGCCUAAAAUGUGGGACAAUCUAGUGAACAACUUCUCGGAGUUUCAGCUGAACAACAAAAGUCUAUCGAACGGCAAUCAGAACGGGUCUUGA